AUGCAUUUAAUUCCCAUUAAAUCUGAAUUGGCCCUCGAAGUUCCAAAACUUUGUGAGAUAUGCAAUCGGCAAGCUUUUGGAAAACAUUAUGGAGUGCUCUCAUGUUAUGCUUGUAAAAUGUUUUUUCGUCGCAUGAGUGUACAAAAACUGGUUUAUAACUGCAAAUGGUCCAACAACUGCUUUGAAACAUCACCUUAUCCUCUAAAGUGUCAAUCAUGUAGAUUUCAAAGAUGCUUGGAUGCUGGAAUGUAUUUAGAAGUUCACGAAAAUAUUGUGGAAUUUGAAAAUGGGAAUCAAAAAGUAGACGAGUUAACGACUUUACUACAAAACUUACUUAUCAUGGAUUCAAGUCGCCAACAUAAACUUAAAACAUUUUACUCAUUUGAUAACCCAAGUUUAGCGGAAAUUUUAGAAAAUCCAGGAGUGGUGACAAGUAUAAACCAAGGCCCUAACUAUGAAGUAACUCCAGAAGAAUGGGCUUUUUUGGCAAUUUAUUCUCACAUCUCAUACUUUUUGAACUUCGACUUUGUAAAUGAGCUACAUGAUAUUGACAAGAAAAUUAUUUUCCAACAUACGAUUUUGAAGUUAACAUAUUUUUGUGGAGUCAUGAGAACUGUCAAUGAAAAACGAUCAAAAAUGAUGAAUCCAGGGGGACAAGAAAUAUAUCCAGAUGUUAUCUUGCAAUUAUACGAAAAGUCAAAAAGCACCUUACACAGGAUAUGCUGCCAACCAUUAGAUAAGCUUCUUGAGUGGGAAGUGACAGAUGAGGAGUACUGUUUGAUGAACUUGCUAUUCUUCUGUAAUCCGGCGAUCCCAGAAAUAUCAGAGGAUGCAGUCGUAAAACUAUCAAGGCAACAAAAUAUCUACAGCAAUGCUCUUUUUACACUUUGUCAACGGAAUAAUGAACAAACGGCUCCAGAAAGGUUUUCGAACUUUAUAUCGUUAUAUCUUACAAUAACUAAGAAUUCACAAGAGAUGGAAAACUUCUUCUUGAUAUUUAACGUUCAUUCUCCUGAUUUUGAUUUUAAGAAGCUGGUUCGAGAAACUUUCCACUUUUAA